AUGGUUUCUCUGCUCCAGGAUGACGACUUUAUUGGAACAAUUGGGACUGGAGUUACUGAAGAAAUUGUGUUUUACAGAAUGCUGGACUUUGGAGUUUAUUCUCGUUAUGCUUCGCAGGCUGCAACUUCUCUGCAACAAGAGUGUGAACCAUUUUCUCACAGCAGUGAAGAUGAGUAUGCUGAUGUGGACUGGGAUAAUCUCGGAUUUGGUCUCAUGCCAACUGAUUACAUGUACAUGAUGAAAUGUUCAAAAGAUGGGAGUUUUGAACAAGGACAGCUUAGUCGAUACGGGAACAUUGAGUUGAGCCCUGCUGCAGGAGUCUUAAAUUAUGGACAGGCAAGCUGCACUUGA